GAAAGCACAAACUCGGCUGUGUCGCAGAAACUAGGCGCAGAGUAAAUCAGAAUGAAGAGUCAGUUGUUAUUCAAAAUAACUGGGAUAUAUUCAUUAUUUGCGGUUAUGUUUUAUCCUUACCAUUACUGCAAAAUAGAAGUUGACCUACAACGUUUUGAACAAACGGGCGAUACAACAGUGUUCGAUGCACGUAACGUACGCGUUCGGAAGUAUAACAGAAGUACUCCUGUCCUCAAUGGAACAGUAACUGUACGCAGGGAUCUGAACAAUGAUUUUCAGACUGCAGUGAGAGUUGCCUACAGUCGUCUUGGUAACAACCAGUUCAACGAAUACCCACUGAAAUGGCCGACCACUCCAUUCUGUCAUAUGAUGAAAGAUUCGUACCGUGACAUACAGUAUAUUUUCGCAAACCAUUCCAAUUUCCCUCAGGUAUCAGAAGAAGGACUCUGCCCAUUUCCACAGGGAAAUUACUGGUUCAAAGAUGCCUUGUUCCCAAUUAAUUUCAUACCACCGAUUGUGCAGGAAGGUUACUGGCGAAUGAACAUCACAAUCAGCGGAAAAACAAACACAGAUUUGAUUAUAUACGCACGUUUGACUAAAACUUUGAUUUGAGUUUGCGUACUGUCAACGAGAAGAUGACAUACAGAUAGUGAAAUAGUUUGAAUAUUUUUACUCAACAAAAAAAAGUUUAGUUGGUUAUUUCAUAAUACACUAGUUUUUGGUUUUAAAAUUAAGAUCAGCGUCAGGUGUUAAAAAAAAACUAAAUUGACUAUUUGGAACAAGUAGAUUUUUCGGUUUGUUGAAAUAAAGCAUUUUUAUUCCACAUACCAAGUUUUAUGGUUGAAGUGAAUCUCUACACUGCAAUUAUUCAACAUCUUUAGAAGCUUUCUUUUUUUCUUAACCAACGAUGGUUAAGAAUAUUAGCCAAUGGAUUUGGAAUUCAAUUUUCCGUUUACUAAAG